UUAACUUCUGCUUUACGACAUGAUUAUUGUUGUUUCGGCACAUCUGCAGAAUGCUUAGCUUAAACGAUUAUCAAAUUUGCUGUAAGCAUCCGAAAAACAUCAGAAUUAUUUUCCAGCACGAAAUGCGGUUGUCAGUGAGUGACGCGUAGUAAUAUCCUGUUCCGUGAAUAAAUAGUGCAGAAAUCCAAGAGGGAGGAACUUGACAUACACUUGUAGUAUCGGUGUUGUUAUUCUUGUAAUCUGCAGCCUCUGAGUUUUGACAGAUAGCUUGAUCGAAUCUGAUCGCAUUCAGACAUCAGUGAUAAACUUUCCUGUGGAUUGUCGAGGGAUCAGUCGUAACACAGACCAGCACGCACAGUGAUGGCCGGGCGAGGGGGCACUCAGAGGCCAAACGGCGCAACACAGGGCAAAAUAUGCCAGUUCAAGCUAGUACUACUGGGGGAAUCGGCUGUGGGGAAAUCUAGUUUAGUUUUACGAUUUGUCAAAGGACAGUUCCACGAAUACCAGGAGAGUACCAUAGGAGCUGCAUUUUUGACACAGACAGUCUGUUUAGACGACACAACGGUAAAAUUUGAAAUCUGGGACACAGCCGGUCAAGAGCGUUACCACAGUCUGGCACCUAUGUACUAUAGGGGUGCACAAGCUGCCAUAGUUGUAUAUGAUAUCACGAAUCAGGACACAUUUGGUCGGGCCAAGACCUGGGUGAGGGAGUUACAGAGACAAGCCAGCCCCAAUAUUGUGAUAGCUCUGGCCGGGAACAAAGCUGACUUGGCUAACAAGAGGAUGGUUGAUUAUGAAGAGGCACAGGCCUAUGCAGAAGAAAAUAGUUUAUUAUUUAUGGAGACCUCAGCUAAAACAGCAAUGAGCGUUAAUGACAUAUUUCUUGCAAUAGCAAAGAAAUUACCUAAAAAUGAAGCUGGAGGAGGUACUCAGCAGAGACAACAGGGCGUGCGACUGAACAGUGACCAACCACAGUCCUCAGAAGGGGGAUGCUGCAAGUAACCAGAGGAAAAUAUUUGAUUGGCUGGUCAUGUCAUGUGAUGGAACAUUGGUCCAAUCAUUUCACAUAUGGUGUUAUGUAAAGUGUACUAUGAUGUAUCUUUUGGUACUCUGGAGCCAACUUUCCAGAGUUAUCUCCCUUUUCCCUGGCUGCACUGAUGACUGCAUGGUCUCGGCAAGAUGGUACGGUACCACCAGCAUAGAAAAGGGCCUUCGUCGCAGAGAAAUCACAGCUUCUUCUAACAGGGUGAUGGAGAAUCGGGGGACGUGGGGGGAGGAGGGACAGCGAAUCAUGUGAAUCACUUAAAUCAGUUGUUACAUUUAGAAACGGUAAACUAUCAGUUUAUAUCGCAGAAUACAAGGAGUCUGUCAGGGUUUGUCUGGGUACGGCUUGCCAUUCUAUGGUUGACCAUUGCAUGGCCUGCAGUGAUUUGGUGACUGCUACAUGUGUGUGGAUACCCAUGCAUUUCAGGCUAUGUUGAUAUCCUGAAGGUAAAGUGAUUCAU